AUGGUGGCAAUCACCAUUGUUACCGCCAAUAUCUGCUUGGCUGCUACUUUUAAUGUGAUGAGUUAUGGUGCCACUGGAGAUGGACUAAAGGAUGACACUAAGGCUUUUCUACAAGCUUGGGGAGCUUUAUGUGGACAUGUUGAAGGAGGCACCCCAACCAUGACGAUACCAAAGGGAAAGACAUUCUUGCUGAGACCUGUGAAGUUCCAGGGUCCAUGCAAAUCUCCUUCAGUUCGUAUUCAGAUUGAAAUUUUAUUUCCAUCAUCACUAGCAUAUUGGCAUUUUAAUUUCCUCCACAACACAACACAACGAAACUUAAAACAUUUUGAUUUUUUUUUUUAUUUUUUUUAUUAUGUAUAUAUACAGGUUUUAGGGACAAUUUUGGCGCCAAAAAGUAUUCACGAGUGGAGAAACUGUGAAGCUGAUAGUUGGCUUUUCUUCUCAGAUGUGAAUGGUCUCAUCAUCAAUGGACCAGGAGUGAUCAAUGGCCGGGGUGAGCCCUGGUGGAAAGUUUUUAUAGAUCCCAAUACCAUUUUUGACAACUCCAAAGUGACUAACGCGGACUGUGUCCGACCAACGGGUGUAUACUUCGACAAUUGUAAUGGGCUUCGACUGAAUGGACUGAAACACAUUAACAGCCCAAGGAAUCAUAUAGCCAUAAAUGGGUGCAAAGGUGUAACUCUCACUAAUCUCAAUAUAUCAGCACCUGAAAGCAGCCCCAACACCGAUGGAAUUGACAUCGCAUCCUCAACCCAAGUUCUCAUUCAAAAUUCUACCAUUGCAACCGGUGAUGAUUGUGUGGCCUUGAAUGGUGGCUCCCUUAACAUCACUAUUAUAGGUGUAGAUUGUGGUCCGGGUCAUGGUAUAAGUGUGGGAAGCCUAGGUCGAAAUGGAGCUCUUGAUUAUGUACAAGAUGUAUAUGUUCGUAAUUGUAGCUUCACUCGAACUCAGAAUGGAGCAAGAAUAAAGACAUGGCCGGGUGGAGACGGUUACGCCAAAAAUAUCUACUUCGAAGAUAUUACACUCACCGAAGUCGAAAACCCUAUUAUCAUCAACCAAAACUACUGUAAUGGUGGAGACCAUUGCGAAAAGGAGAAGGGGACGGCAGUACAGGUGAGUCAUGUGAGUUAUCGGAACGUGCGCGGAUCUUCGGCUACCACGGAAGCUAUUAAAUUGGAUUGCAGCAAGAUAGUAGGUUGCAGCCACAUUGAAAUGCAGCAAAUAGACAUAACCCCAGCCAUUGAAGGGUCCAAGAUUCUUGCCUCUUGCAAGAAUGCCAAUGGAAAAUCUUCUUCUACUUCACCUAGUGUGCCUUGCUUGUCACAGUGA